AUGCCGCUGGACUGGGAUAUGAAGAAACCGAAUGCAGAUGGCGGAUCCGUCCUCACCGACAUUGGACAUUUUGGGACCGUCAUGUUCGAAGUCAUCACUGGUCGGGAUUGCAAAUUCGACCUCUUCCAAGACCGGCAACCUGGACAUCCCUUUUCCUGGCCAAGCAAGGCCAGUCUUCCGUCGACCGACGGCAUAUGGCUCGGCCACAUCAUCAAGGCCUGUUGGACCGAAGGAUUCUUUGCCACUGCAGACGAGCUUGCAGCAGCGUUGGACAAUGAGCGCAUCAGUUCGCCGAACAUAACCCAAUCAACCGCUCAAAUAACUCGAUCUGAGCUUGAUCAGCCGGGAUCGGCGGCUCUUGAGGGUCGGCCAGAGGCCUCCCCUUGCAGGGGACGAAAGCGGACGCGAGAACCAGAAGACCACUACUCGCGCAAGCAGCAACAGAUAGAUCCAAAGUCGGUGGUGGGGAGUGCGGCCUUCCAUAGCCUCACCAAGAGCAAUUUGGAAAGGCUUAACAAAGAGACAGGAACAGAUACCUUCGAGGACAUGGCCGACAGAAAACGAUCUUUGUCGGGACGAACAAGUUCUAUGGGGUUGAAGGAGGAUUCAACUUCCGCAUCGUCAGAGAAAUCGACCCUCUCGCUUGCCAACUAUCGCCUGAUUGUUCUCGACCGCGCGAGGAUUGUUGUUCGUCAUGCUGGCCUACCGGAACCCGUUCAGUCCCGAGUUGAAACCAUUAUCAGUGCCGAGGUUUCCCAUGAAUGGAAGAAUGCUAUUUCCUCUAUUACAGACACUCUCUGUGCGGACUUUGCCCCGGUUCUCAAAGUAGCGAGCAGGGAAGAUGAUUGUGUCGAAUUGAUCUACGACGCUAUAGCGUCAAUGAACAUACACAUGUUUGGGCAGAGGUUCAUCUUCCGAAGGAAAGCAGACUGGAUCUCGACCCUGAAACCGAAAGUUCGGCGCAAAUAUUAUCAUUUUCCUCGACUGGCUGUUCCUCUACUGCCUGAGUCUCAUGGUGGCAUGAAAAGCCUUGAUGACGGACCGAAGAAACAGCAGCUGGCAGAGACAGCUUCCAAUACACCGGAUGGAGCUGGGGCGCCCUUGCCCCCUUGCCCACCUGUGCCUAACCAAGAAGCCAGUGGGAUCAAGACCCCUCGCCCAGAUGUAACAAUUGGAUUUGAUAAUUCUGUGGUAUCCGCGGAGCUGAGAAAGCUUGGACUUGGGGAGGCCGACGCUGAUGACCUCUUGAAGGUUCUACAAGACCAGGAGGACCUCUACUCUGACCCUACCCAGGCAAGGCUUCUUACGCGCUUUCCAUCUUUUGUUAUCGAAGGAAAGUCUUAUGCGACAGGCAAGAACCUCUACGAGGCACAAAACCAGGCUGCGGUAUCCGGAUGUAUGAUGCUCGUCAUACAACAUCAGCUUCACGAACUUAAUAAACGAGUCUCUCCCGGAACCUAUCAGGGCAAAGAGCCACUAGCUUUCUCCCUGUGCAGCGAGGGGCCAGUGAUGGAACUUUGGGUGCAUUAUACCACGUCGACCCAGGACAUGCGCACCUACAACAUGCAUCUUCUCAAGAUAUGCCAUGCAUCGUGUCGAGAAACUGUCGGCCCUUUUGUUGCAGCAGUGGCAGCGGUGUUGACGUGGGCCAUCUCCGAACUUCUGGACGAUAUCAUAAAACAAUUGCAUUCUGUGUGGAAAGCCGCGCAGUGA